GGGAGAAGGGAAGGAAGGAAGGAAGGAAGGAGCGGAAGGAAGGAAAAGGAAGGAAAGGGAAGGAAGCAGGGGGUCGGGGGCAGGGGGUGGGGGCUGAGAGAGCGAGAGCGAGAGAGCGAGAGAGGGGGCGAGGGGGGGAGGAGGUAGUAGGCGAGCGAGGGCGAUCGCUUGGACAGCUUUCUAGCCACAGCGAGUGCAGCAGCACAACAGCAGAGCAGAAGGAGGGAGAGAGAAGAGAGUGAGAGAGAGAGAGAGCGAGAAGAGCAGAAGAAGGGAGAGGAGAAGAAGAAGAGCUGCAGUGGACUGAGGUGGACAGAUAGAAGAGGAGCGGAGCAGGGAAGCAGAGAAGUCGAGCAGAGAGAGAUCUGGAGAGUACUUGACCAUUUUUUGGAGGAGGACUCUACUCUCUCGGACACGACGGACGACGCAGAAGAAGUUGAAGUCGAGGUGCGAGGAGGAGACGAGAGGAGAGGAGCGGAGCGGAGGAAAGGAAGAGGACGGAGCAGCAGCAGCAGCAGCAGCAGCAGCGGCAGCGGAGCUGAGCAGCAGGAGAAGAAGGAGCAUCUGCUUUUUGGGUCGCUAGCGUAUGUGUGGAGGAGUUCAUCGGAAGAGGGGAGUGUACUAUCAGGUGGUCUCUGAUCCAACUCUGCUGCACAGCUGGUCCAUGAUACAGCCUCUCGGAUUAGAUUGCAACGCGCCCGCCCCCGAGCUCCUUCGAUUGUCUCCUCGAGCACCUGCAUCUGUCUGAAUCUGGCACUGCAAUCUGAGAUUCCCCUCUCAUCCUCGCGCGGAGAGGAGCUCAAAUUGACGGCAUUGCGCGGAGUUUCCAGGGUUAGGACUGUAGGAAGAGGUUCAUAGAAAAGAAAGCGGGUAUGUUUGAUGGAAUAUUAUGCAGGACAAGGGGCUCCCUCUUCAUUCGCAGGUCUUGAAGGUACCGUCAGCGACCCGAAUACUGGGGCAGUUCUCUCCUCUUUAUCUCGCUCCGAGGAUUGGCAUCUCAGACAUGGUGCUCCCUCCCCUGCCAGCACGGCCGCUGAAACCGGCCUUGAAGAAGCAGUGUGGCAGCAGAUGACCGGGAUGACGUUGCAGCCACAGGAAGGGAUGGAGGCACCGCAAGGCCCUUACCCGGAGCGCUCAGGUGAACCUGAUUGCACGUAUUACAUGCGCACUGGCCUCUGUGGAUUUGGCAUGAGUUGCCGCUUCAAUCAUCCCCCCAACCGGAAGUUGGCUGCGGCAGUGGCUCGCAAUAAAGGCGAGUACCCAGAAAGGCUCGGUCAGCCGGAAUGCCAGUACUAUUUGAAGACGGGAACAUGCAAAUUUGGAGCCACAUGCAAGUAUCAUCACCCCCGAGAUAAGGCCGGAUCAACAGGGAGAGUGCAACUAAAUAUCCUGGGUCUACCCUUGCGACCGGGCGAGAAGGAGUGUGCGUACUACAUGAGGACCGGCUCUUGCAAGUAUAACGUGACAUGCAAGUUUCAUCAUCCGCAACCCGCAACUGUGGGAGUUGUGCCCAUGUCAGGCUCAUCCAUUUAUGCAGCACCGGGGCCAUCUUCGCCUGCCCCUCAACCUUAUCAAGGACUUCCAACAUGGCCGAUCGCUAGGACUCCUUACAUGCCCAGCCCACGCAUCCAAGGUCCCUCUAACUAUGGAGCCAUGAUUCUUCCUGCCCAAGGCCUUGUCGGAUUGCCGGCGGGAUGGAGCACAUAUCAAGGACCUGUUGGCCCAAUGGCAUCACCAGAAGGUCAACAACAUCCCAUUGGAACAGGAUUUGUCUACACACAACAGAGUGAUCCUGUAUCUGGAGGAGUUCAUGGGACUUUUCCACAAUUCAUGCCAGCAACAACUGCAAUGGGGUUGCCAGCUCUACAACCACAGCAAUCCUUGGGGUCACAAAAAGAUAAUUUCCCUGAAAGACCAGGACAGCCCGAGUGCCAGUAUUACAUGAAAACAGGGGACUGCAAAUUUGGCAUUACUUGCAAGUACCACCAUCCUAAGGAUAGGGCUACUCCAUCACCAACAUGUGGACUAAGUCCGAUUGGUCUGCCAUUGCGUCCGGGGGCUCAACCUUGUACCUUCUACACUCGGUACGGGAUCUGCAAAUUUGGGCCUACGUGCAAGUUCGAUCACCCACUGGGAGGCUUACCUUACAGUCCAUCAGCAUCUUCUCUCACUGAUAUGCCGGUUGCUCCAUAUCCCAUAGGGUCUUCUCCAACAACUCUUGCCCCUUCAUCAUCCUCCUCGGAAACCCCUCAGGAAGCACCACCACAACCAUUCGUUUCGAGUUCAUCGAAUGAACCCGCUGCUGUUGCUGAAGAGCCACCAGGGCAUAACCAGUCUAGAGAGGGAGCGAACGAUGCACCUCAAAGUUCUGGGACAACAGGGCCCAUUUUAGCACAAGCAGGCCAGAGUUUGUCCAUGUCAGGGUCCAGCCCAGGCACUGGGAGUGCAAACCCAGCCGACAUUCUUGGCGCAAGCUGAGGCGGAGUCUCCGAGCGAGAUUUUCUUGCAAACCCAAUACACGAGUCCUUCACAGGCCCCUUUUUUUUUUUUCCACAUUCUUCCCCUUCAAUAGGCUCAAAGGUGGCAUCUAAUAAGGCUACAUCCUGAGCCAUAAAAGCAUUGAUCAAAUUAUGCUGAAGGAUAUCUUCCAGGACUAUCCUGCUGUAUAUUGCUACUAAGAGGGUGAUCCAAAACCUUUGUGGGGGGCGUUCUCCCUCCCUCUCUAUCUCCCCGACUCUCUGCUCCUUUGUCUUCCUCACUUUUCGCGUUUAAUUUGGUCCAAAGCUCCUGCCCCUUAGGUCUCUCAAUUUAUUGUUCUUUUUGGUCGUUUAUUUAAACCUUUUCAGCAUUCCAGCACAUCCUUUCCCCACAUGGAACUGCAAAGAGGAGACAAGUUCUCUUUUCCCUUUAGACUCUGCAUUGGUUAGCGCUUUAGGCACAUCGCCUAAGGUCCACAAAUAAUGAUUGAUUACCGCCCACUGCUGUAAGCCCGCGGCUCACUUUGUAUGGCCUCAGAUGCAAUUGGGCUCUUCAUGAUUUCGUUUCUCACAGUGACUUCCAGGCAUGCUCUGGUAGGAGGGCUUGCCAACAUUUGUUAUAGAAUGCCGAAUUGUUCAAAAAUUUUAAGAUUGAAAGAGAUUUCAUGAGCUGGUGAAGCCUCCCAUUUCAAUGGAGAGUCCGAGCUUUGUGCACAAAUUACUCAGUUUUAUUCGGCCAUUUUUCUUGGAGCAAAAUGUGUUGGGCUGGGAUUGUGAGUUAGUUGUGAGCUUGCUGUAGCUAGCGAACUGUCAUCGAAGACAGUUCGCUAGCUUGUUAUCUACGCUGCAGGAAAGGUUUACUAAGAAUUUGUUGAGAUUUGGUGCUUUGAGAGUUAGGGAAUGACUAUGAGACUUCGUCGUUUGGAGAUUUAUGUCAGAAUGCCUAGCAUAUAUGCAUGUGUUGAUAGUAAGUCCCACUUCGUCAUUCUUUCGUCCCUUAAUCUUCUUUGAAGUUCAUCAGUUUGUUUUCACACCAUCGAAUAGUUGG